UCUUUUUAUUUGGUAUUUUGCCAUGAUUUUCGUCUAAUUAUGAGUGAAAAUAAAGUAAUUUCGUUAAACCAAAACGUCGCACAUGAUAUGAUUGACAAAAUAAUAGAGAUGAAUGGAAAUGGAAAUGGAAAGAAAAGUGAAGUAACACGUGUCGAAAUGGAGGAACACGAGGAGUAUCAAUAUUUGAAUUUGAUUAAGAGAGUAAUUAAAACAGGAGCUGAAAAGAAUGAUCGAACCAGCAUAGGCACAUUAUCUAUCUUUGGAACUCAUAUGCGAUUUAAUUUGCGAAAUAAUGUAUUUCCAUUAUUAACUACAAAACGAGUAUUCUGGAAGGGAGUGGUAGAAGAAUUGUUAUGGUUCAUAAAAGGAUCAACAAAUGCCAAAGAAUUAUCAGAGAAGAAUGUUCAUAUUUGGGAUGCUAACAGUUCACGUGCGUAUUUAGAUUCUUGUGGGUUCACUGAUAGGGAAGAGGGAGACUUAGGACCUGUUUAUGGAUUUCAAUGGAGACAUUAUGGAGCAGAAUACAAGGAUAUGCACGCUAAUUAUGAGGGACAAGGUAUCGAUCAGUUGAAAGAAGUUAUAGAGAAAAUAAAACAUACUCCCAAUGAUAGAAGAAUAAUAAUAUCAGCAUGGAACCCACUUGAUAUUCCAAAAAUGGCUUUACCUCCGUGUCAUUGUUUUGUACAGUUUUAUGUAAGCAAUGGGGAAUUAUCGAGUCACUUGUAUCAAAGAAGUGCUGACAUGGGUCUUGGGGUACCAUUCAACAUAGCAUCAUAUUCCCUCUUAACUUAUAUGUUAGCUCACAUUACAAAUUUAAAGCCAGGUGAAUUUGUACAUACAAUGGGUGACUGUCAUGUCUACCUUAAUCACAUAUCUGCACUUGAAGAACAAAUUAAACGUGUGCCAAAACCAUUUCCACAAUUAAAAAUAGUUAGAAACGUUGAAACUAUUGAUGAUUUUAUAGCCGAAGAUUUUAAACUAAUCGGAUACGAACCACAUGCAAAAAUACCUAUGCCAAUGGCUGUUUAAAUCAUGUUGAAAUUGCACCAAGAUGAAUAAAAUUAUAAUUAAACAGUACCAGUUCUUAAUGUGGUCCAUACAUGCCUGUUACAGUUCUAAAUUUAACGAUCAUAAAUCAUAAGUGUUUCAUUUUACAUUACAGAGAAAAAAAAAC